AGGGGAGGGAGGAAAGAGGGAAGGGAAGGGAGAUAAAGCAAGAAGGAGGGAAGGGAGGGAAGGAGAAAAGCGGGAGGAGGGAAGGCCGGCAGCGCUCGGCGGCCCCGGUGCACGUCGGCGCCCCCUGCCGGCGGCCCCCCUCUCCUGCCGCAGGUGGGCUCCCUUUGGCUGAGAAAGCUGCUGACUUGUGCUGGCCCCGAGGGGGCGGGGGAGGGGCUGCCCUGGGCCCCAGCUCCAAGAAGGCGCCAGCGGCGCUCUCCGCGCUCCCCCCCCUCCCGCAUCCAGGGGGUCACGUCCAUGUUUCCGUGGCCCCGCCCUCCCACUCCUGCCCAGAAGCUCUCUCCGGGUCAGUGACCGGCCGCGGCCGAAGGGCAGGGACGCUUCCAGAGCCAGGGGCCGGCUCCCAGGGCCAACAGGCCGCCGCGAGGGGGCGCCGUAGAGCGCUUGCCCGCCCUGCCUCCCAGAGCGCUCUGGGCCCGUCUCACCACCUGGGCGCCGGACCUUCAAACCCAGGCUUUAGGAGGCUCCCGGAGGUCAGGGCUGGGAGGAAGGAGGGGCCGGCCCCGGGUGGGGAGAGGUGACUGGGGACCCCGGGACUGGGGCGCCAGGGACCCGGAUGUGGUGCCAGGGACCCAGAUGUGGCGCCAGGGACCCAGAUGUGGCAUCAGGGACCCAGAUGUGGCGCCAGGGACCCAGAUGUGGCGACUGCCCACGGUGGCGGGCAUACAGCCGGUGUCUCAUAAAUGUUUAUUAAAUGAUGGGAUCCAUGGAUGCGGGAAAGGCAACGCUGGGUCCUUCCAGCACCGGUGGUACCCUCUCUCCUCGGCAGACAAACGAUGGGAUCAUGUGACACUCCUGCUCAUCCCUCCCCUCCCAAACUGGAGGAACCAGUUCUUUGAACCCUAAUGCAGCUCCCACAGCCCUUCCCGGCUCCCCCAUCUUGGCGGGUGGGUUCAGGGCUCCCUCCCCUUCUGCCUCCUCCCUGGGCCGGGAUUGAGGGACCGAGGCGGCCGCCCCCGAGAGACUCCCAGCGGCCGCCCGGAGGGACCGCGGGCUUGGGCGAGGCAGCCGAGCUCCGUGAAUUGCCUGGCAACCGAGGGAUGAGGCUGCUCUGAAGGGGAGGAGGAGCUGGGUGCCGGCGGCUGGAGCUCGGCCUCCCCAUCCCUUCCCGUCCCUUCCCGCCGGCCUCUCCCUUGCCCGGAGCCAGCGCCGAGGAGAGGGCUGCCCCGACUGCAGGCGGCCGGGCCCGGGGCCCAGGUGAGUCGGCCUCCGUCCCCCCAUCCGAGGCAGUGGGCCCUCCCCGCCCCGGCGCCCGCCUUCUCUCCCCAGCCAUGUGGCUCCCGUCGCGCCGGCAGCUGUGCUGGGCCUUCGUGGGGGCCUCGCUGCUCUCGGUGGCCUCCUUCCUGCUGCACCUCCGCAGGGGCGGCCUCUCCCCCAGGUGGGUUUUCUCGGCUCUGUGCCAGCAGCAGUGUCCCGGCUUGACCCGAGUGGCCUUCUUCUGCCUGCCGGGGACCCCUCCGGCCGCCAACGGCUCCUCGGCGCCCCCCCGGCCCCGGGCCGGCCGCGAGCCGGGCAUGUGGACCGUCCAGCCGGAGGGGCGCUUCGGGAACCAGAUGGGCCAGUACGCCACGCUGUACGCCCUGGCCCGGCUGAACGGGAAGCAGGCCUUCAUCCUGCCCGACAUGCACGCCACCCUGGCCCCGGUCUUCAAGCUCACGCUCCCGGUGCUGGACGCCUCGGCGGCCUCCCGCGUGCCCUGGAGCCUCUACCCUCUCCGAGACUGGAUGGCCGAGGAGUACGGCCGCCUGGGGGACCGGGACGCGCUGCGCUUCACCGGCUUCCCCUGCUCCUGGACCUUCUACCACCACCUGCGGGCCGAGAUCCGCCGCGAGUUCUCCCUGCACCGGCACGUCCGAGAAGACGCCCAGGCUUUCCUGCACUGGGUGCGCCACAGCCGGGGCGGCGGCCCGGACCUGGUCUUCGUGGGGGUCCACGUCCGCAGGGGCGACUACGUGAAGGAGAUGCCCGGGCACUGGCGGGGCGUGGUGGCCGACGCGGCCUACCUGGAGCGCGCCCUGGCCUGGUUCCGGGCCCGCUACCCGGCCGUGGUCUUCGUGGUGACCAGCAACGGCAUGGAGUGGUGCCGAGAGCACAUCAGCCCCUCCAGGGGAGACGUGGUGUUCGCCGGCGACGGAGACGAGGCGGCCCCCGGCUCAGACUUCGCGCUGCUGACCCAGUGCAACCACACGGUCAUGACCAUCGGCACCUUUGGCUACUGGGCCGCCUAUCUGGCCGCGGGGAAGACCAUCUACCUGGCCAACUACACGCUCCCCGACUCCCAGUUCCUGAAGGUGUUCAAGCCCCAGGCUGCCUUCCUGCCCGAGUGGAUGGGCAUCCCCGCAGACCUCUCCCCGCUCCUGCACUGACGGGCUGCGACGCUUUCCCCGCCGCGGAGCCGCUCCCAGUAACGGCGAGAACCAGCAUCUCAGCGGGAGGACGAGAGCUCGCCCGGGCCCCGGGCCGCCCACGGUCACGUCCUUCAGGGAUGGGCCAGGGCUUGCUGCCCCCAGACUUGGGAUGGCUUUGUCUUCCCCAGGGGAGAGACGCUCAAAGCCCGGCGAGCCCUUGCUGGAUGCGAAGGUUUAUCAAUUCUAAGGCACUGGCUUGUAGGAGACUCGGGCUCCCAGCCUGGCCCUGGGUGACCUCGGGGAAGGGCGGCCUUGGCUUGAUCCUCAGUUUCCUCAUUUUGCAAAAUGCAGGUCUAUUGUUGAAGUCCUUCCAGGAAGAACCGGACUGUGGGACUCAGCCAUAAGAGCUGCAAACUCCCACACUUCUCGUUCCCUUUCACGGAGGAGAAAACCAAGGCCAGAAGAGACCGGCAGGAGCUGGCUAGCCCUAGAAGCAACAUAGAGACUCUGCGACUAGACCGGGGGGCUUCUCAGGCCCGUCACUGCCUCAGUUUUCUCACCUGUGCCAGGGAAAAGAAGGGACCCAGAGAACAGAAGCCAGCCUCAGCCCUACAAGGGCCCAAAAGAUCGGGGGAGAGAGGAGUGGUUAGCUUCCUGGAUUCAUCUCAGGGACUUAAAUAUUAGGAAACAUUGUAUUUAACAACAACAAAAAAUCGAUUAAAAAAAAUCCUUUGUAGAACUUUCUAGGCUUUAUUUUUUUGGGGGAGGGGGCGUUGUGAUGGGGGGGAGGUUUACUACUCCCAAGGGAGCUGGCCCUUCAUCCUCACUCAUUCCAAAUUUGGCUGAGCCCCAGAGGCUCCUGGGAGUUAGGGGUCCAGCCUUCUCUGGUCCCAAGGAGACCUGGGCUUCCAGAAUGCAGAGGCGGGAGAACUGGAAAUUCUAGUAUUGGCGGGGGCGGGGGCUCAAACGCUCGGUCCUGUCUGCACUCCCAUCCUCUCGGGGCCCCAGUGCCCGCCCGUCCGGGACCCUUGGGUCCCCUCCCCAUGUCCGCCCCUCUGGGACCUCCCCAACACCCUCCUGUUCUGCUCCGGCGCCCCUAGUCUUAAUGGGAAACGCACUGUACGGGAUAGACUGCAUCCCCCAGAAGCUCCCUAGGUUCGGAGUUCUCUCGGUCAAGGAAGCAACUGUCCCAGGGCUUGCUGGGAGUCGUAGUCCUAGGGCCGCACUGCUCACUCGGGUCGCAGUGGGGCGUGGGAGGAGAGGAGCUUGACCCGCUCCGGUGUUUCCCACGACUCCCAGUCGCAGUCCGGGAUUCCACGGCCCUAUGAGUCACAGAGAGGCGCCCCUGCCCACCCCCAAGGGAACCCACCAAUCAGCGUCCGAUAGAACGGGGGCGGGGAGCGGCGUCCGAGGUCCGUGGAGAAGGGAACGGUCCACAUGGUCGUUCUCUGACCUGGCCCGCAUUCCCGGAUCUCAAUAAGGGCUCGGAGAUCCUCUACGGCAGCUCGUCGACGAAAAGGGGAACUGGUCUGGGAAUAAUCUCUCCCCCAGCGUUCCUGGAAGCUGUGGGACUACACUUCCCAGCAGCGCCCAGGGAGCGGUGACCUUCCAGAACCACUGUGUCUGAGACGCGGUGACUUAUGGGUGAUGUAGUUAAGGCGGCGCGCCUGCAAGGUGGGUGGUGAUCUUCUGGACCCAAGAACUAGACUGAUCCCUCCAACCGCUCCCUCCCUCUUGGCAAUCCCCCUCGAAGACCUUCCUCCUGUCCUUCCCAGGAGCUAGGUGGAAAUAGGGCCAACCCAGCCCCGGAGUAACACCCCAGCCUCCAAUUUUACGGUGCUUUGGGAUCUUUUCCGUGUUUGAGGAUCACUUCCCAAAGGAUCAGGGGGAGGGAACUUCAGAAAUGCCUAGUCUAAUUCCUCCAAGAAUCUUGCAAAUGAGGAACCGGAGGAUCCAGAGAAAGGCCUCAUUCUAUUAAGGGGAACCCCCUCAGCGGGGGGCUUUGAGAUUUCUCCCAUCCUGGGGUCCCCUAACGUUACCUGGCUUCGGAUGGCAGUUAGCGCUUGGGGGUCCCGUGGAACUCCCAGAUCAGGGCUUUUGACCAUUGCCUUUAGGGACG